AUGGCCUCGAUCUUUACUUAUGAUCCCGACCCUCCACGGGUCUCAUCUCCGUGGUCCACCUCGGGGGCGUCGACUCCCCAGGUUAACCCGGCCGGCAGUCGCGGUCUCGCGAUCCGUACGCGCUCCACCACCAUCCUGGACAGCGCGGAUCCGGACUCAUUGUCGGACUAUGGGAUUACGAAACUGGAGCCGGAGCCCCAGGAAGGCCCUACAGAGUACAAACUCCACCUUCUGCUCCGUCCGCGCCGGCCGUAUCUGUCCAUGUCUACUGGAAAUGUAGUCGCGGGGUCGUACCAUUCCCGUACCAGUCUGCUCGCGACAUCCAUCUCGGCGUCUCCAAGCUAUGACGCAACCCCAAGACCUAUGCAAGCCAAGUCGUCCCAGAGUCGGCAGCAACGGCUACAAGGAUUAACGACACAGCUGCUGUGGCGGCUACAACAGUCGUCGCCCUUUCACUCGUCUACGACCUUUGAACUGGUCAUCCCCGUUCUGCCGGAAGCAACGCCUAGGUUAGGUGUGCCGCCCAAACCUGCUCGCCUCCUCCCCGGGCUUGAAGAAAGCCAGGGCGCGCUGUACGAGAUUGGAGUUGCCGACGAUGGGACCUUCGUCGGCCUCACCCAGGAUGAGCUGGAUGAGAGUGUGACGAACCUGCAAGCCAUGGCCGCGAGUCUCGGCUGUAGGGUCGAGAUUCUCCGCCGAGUCAUUGUAGGGAAGUGCGAAUGGGCAGACGACUCGCCGACAGAGCCGGAGGACCCGGCGAAGAAUCAUACCGACAGUCUUUGGGUCGCGGAGGCCCUUGUGACCCCCGAUCUGGAUUUCUACAACAUAUCCCCUAUCCAGACCAACCAGAAUUCCGACAGCACUGCGGCAGGAUCGGGGCCGCAGCCCAUCUCUGAAGAAGACUGUUCUGCCACCGAGCAAAUACGAGUAUCCAUUGCCGGGCCCAGCACUGCUGGGAAGUCCUCACUACUGGGCACCCUGACCUCAUCGCUGCUGGAUAAUGGAAGGGGCAAGAGUCGAUUGAGCCUUCUCAAACAUCGCCAUGAAAUAUCCUCGGGGAUCACCAGCUCCGUCGCACAGGAGUUGGUUGGAUACUCGGAUGAGGAGCCGCCCGCCGUGGUCAAUUAUGCGUCGGGUAAUGUCACCGCGUGGAAUGAUAUCCACGCGUCUUCACGCGGGGGCCGCCUGGCCUUUGUGUCUGAUCUUCCGGGCUCUGUUCGAUAUCUGAAGUCCACGCUACGCGGCUUGGUCAGUUGGGCCCCUCACUACGUGAUGCUUUGCAUCCCGGCCACUUGCGGGGAUGAUACUGAAGGUGAAACGGAGCAAGCCGCGGAGAUUGAUCUUUGUCUGGCGUACCUGGAGCUCUGCCUAAAACUAGAGGCGCCUAUCUUGAUCGUGAUCACCAAGCUGGAUGUCGCUUCUCGAAGCGGGCUUAGAGACAACCUCGCCAAGGUUCUGUCUGCACUCAAAAGUGCAGGCCGCAAGCCUGCAAUGCUCCCCGCGUCGCCUGCAGGAGAUAAACUGCUUGAUUUGCAGCACGUCAGCGCCAUGGACAGCAACGAAGCACGGAAAUCAAUCGCUGCCGCCAAUGGGAACUGGUCUCAUGUCGUCCCGAUCAUCAUGACCAGUGCUGUGGAUGGUACCGGGAUAGGAAAGCUCCAUGCUUUCCUUCGAUACCUGCCCAUCCCCUCGCGGUCGUCACAGAGAGCACUUCGCAUCGCCAAACCAGCCUCAACACCCCACCAUUCUGCCAACGUCUUCGACAUUGACGAAGUCUUUGCCAUCCCUCCAUCCAAAGUCUACUCCAGAAACACAGACAACACCAGUCGAGAAAACCGCGGCAUGGUCCUAUGCGGCCUCGUCCGCCACGGCAGCAUCUCAAUCGGAGAUGAACUAGUGAUCGGACCAGUCCCAGUCGACACAUCGUCCUCCGAAUCCGGGCGAGAAGCAUUACAACCCCAGCUCUCGCGCAGCAGCGGCCCCGCACCAUCCGGUGACUUCUCAACGUCCUUCGCACAGAAUAUUCUCUCUGGCAAGGACGCUGCCCAAGCGAAGUGGCAGCGUGUCCGGGUCGUCAGCGUCCGCGACCUCCGCCUCCCCGUCCACCGACUAAUAGAGGACCAAGUCGGGACCAUCGGCAUCGAAAUCAUCAAUCCCGCUACCGAAAAUAAUGGCCGCGCUGCUCCUCGUAUCGGCCGCAUCCGCAAGGGCAUGGUCCUGUCCGAUUUCCACACCACUUCCACCUCUCUCCCUCCAACCCCGCUGCCUCCGACAUUAUCACUGCCCUUCCACACGGGCUUCAUUGCCACGUUCCCGGCGGCUGAAUUCUCUUCCCCGACUUCGCCGCCUCUCCUUCUGGGCGGUAAUGCCAUAGCCUAUAUCUCCAAUAUCCGGACAACGGUCCGCGUCGUCUGCAUGGCCCUCGCGGGCACAGGUGAUGGUGACAGAGACGGCGAUGAAGAAGAAGAAGAAGACCAGUCUUCACCCUCUGAGCCUGAAUUCUUUAGAUUUGACGGCGAUACUGCUCCGGGCCAGGAUAAGACCACUGGAAAUGGAAAUGGAAACAUAACAAAGCGUGCUUCUGGUAGCGACAAUAAUGCCAAUUCGAUGCGCCGCGUCUCCGCAACAGAUAUCAGCAAAGUCGUCUCAAGCUCUACUGGCCCCGCAGCCACGGCGUCGGCAACAUCUUUGAACGAAGACGUCCGCAUCACGUUCGCACUGGUGACCUCCGUCGAGUGGGUUGAAACCGGAUCGCCGGUGCUAGUGAUGCCGGGUAUCUCGAUGGCAUCUUCGUCUUCGUCUUCUGCGGCUGUGGCGCCGGCGUCUGCAUCUGCCUCGGGGACUGUCAUCAUGUCUGGAUUGGAGGGGUUCGUGGGUACGGUGUGUGAUGUUAUUCCUGGUGGAGAGGGAGUAGGUGGGAAAGUGAGGAAUGAAUGA